AUGGACAUGUACCUACCCUCACUCACACAGACACAGCUAGCCUUAGAUGGGAAGGGGGACCUGCAGGUCUACACAGUGCAGGUCUACACAGUGCAGGCCUACACAGUGCAGGUCUACACAGUGCAAGGGAAGCCCACCCAGUUCUUGGUGGAUACUGGGGCUCAGCAUUCAGUCCUUCUACAAACUAUGGGCCCAUUGUCUAAUAAGAGGUCGUGGGUCCAGGGAGCUACUGGCAAUAAGCAAUAUUCAUGGACCACCCAAAGGACAGUGGACCUUGGCAUGGGCCGGGUGUCCCACGCAUUCUUAGUCAUUCCAGAGUGCCCCUACCCUCUCCUGGGCAGGGACCUGCUUGCAAAGAUUGGAGCUCAGAUUCAUUUUCUUCCAGAAGGCCCCCAGGUAAAAGACAGACAAGGAAAUGUGUGCCAUGUGUUGACUGUGAAACUCGAGGAUGAAUACCGCCUCUUUGAUCACCCAAAAGAUAAUCCCGGAGAUAUGGACUGGUGGUUAAACCAGUUCCCCCAGGCAUGGGCAGAAACCACAGGCAUGGGUGAGGCUAGAAACCAGCUGGUGGUCUAUGUAGAGCUGAAAGCCACGGCCACUCCAGUAGCAGUCUGUCAAUACCCAGUGAGUAAAGAAGCCCGAGAUGGAAUCAGACCUCAUAUCCUCAGGUUGCUAGAUCUGGGAAUACUUAAAAGGUGUCAGUCAGCAUGGAACACACCUCUGCUUCCAGGACGAAAGCCUGGCACCAAUGACUACCGAACAGUGCAAGAUCUCUGUGAGGUAAACAAACAGGUGACGGACUUAUAUCCCACAGUACCAAACCCAUAUAAUUUGUUGAGUUCUCUUCCCCCAGAAAGUACUUGGUACACUGUACUGGAUCUUAAAGAUGCCUUCUUCUGCCUCCGACUAAGUCUGAGAAGUCAACCCAUCUUCACUUUCAAAUGGAAGGACCCGGGGUCAGGAAUAUCUGGACAAUUAACAUGGACUCGGCUUCCACAGGGGUUCAAAAGCUCCCCUACCAUCUUCAAUGAAGCUCUACACCAGGACCUCGCUCUGUUCAGAGCAGAAAACCCCCAGGUAACCCUUCUUCAGUUUGUGGAUGACAUCCUUCUGGCUGCCCCUAACAGAGACACAUGCUUUGAUAGAACUCAUCAGUUACUAACUGAACUGGAAAAACUGGGUUACAGAGCCUCUCCAAGAAGGCCCUGA